AUGCUCAUCUCAACAUCCGUCUUCGUUGCCCUCCUCGCAUCUCUCGCGCAUGGCGCCGCAAUCCCGGAGCCCCAAGGCGGCAUAACUAUCCAGGAAUUCACAAGCAUGACCGCCUGCACCGACACUUAUAAUGGUGGAGCCUGCAAGACAUGGAGCAUCCAAACCCAAACGCAGUGCAUUGGCCUCUCAGGCACGGACUGGAACGACGUCAUCAGUUCCAUUCAGGUCCCGAACGGUUUCCGCUGCCGUCUUUGGAGCUCGAAUGUGUGCAAUGGCGAUAGUACACCCGAUAUAUAUGCACCGGGCGCAGGCCAGCUUCCAAAUAGCAUGAACGACAAGACUACGAGCUUCAAAUGCUAUAGGAACUAA